AUGUCUCACAGAAAGUUCGAAGCACCACGUCACGGAUCCUUGGGUUUCCUCCCAAGAAAGAGAGCCGCCAAGCAAAGAGGAAGAGUUAAGUCUUUCCCAAAGGAUGUCAAGUCUAAGCCUGUUGCUUUGACUGCUUUCUUGGGUUACAAGGCCGGUAUGACCACCAUCGUCAGAGACUUGGACCGUCCAGGUUCGAAGAUGCACAAGCGUGAGAUCGUCGAGGCCGCCACCGUUGUUGACACUCCACCAUUGGUUAUCGUUGGUGUUGUUGGUUACGUCGAGACCCCAAGAGGUUUGAGAUCUUUGACCACUGUGUGGGCCGAGCACUUGUCUGAGGAAAUCAAGAGAAGAUUCUACAAGAACUGGUUCAAGUCCAAGAAGAAGGCUUUCACCAAGUACUCCGCCAAGUACGCUCAAGAUGGUGCUCAAAUUGAAAAGGAGUUGGCCAGAAUCACCAAGUACGCUUCUGUCGUUAGAGUGUUGGCUCACACCCAAGUCAAGAAGACUCCAUUGUCGCAGAAGAAGGCUCACUUGGCUGAAAUUCAAGUCAACGGUGGUUCUAUUGCCGACAAGGUCCAAUGGGCUAAGGAGCACUUUGAGAAGACCGUCACUGUUGACUCUGUUUUCGAGCAAAACGAAAUGAUUGACGUUAUUGCUGUUACCAGAGGUCACGGUUUCGAGGGUGUUACUCACAGAUGGGGUACCAAGAAAUUGCCAAGAAAGACUCACAGAGGUUUGAGAAAGGUUGCUUGUAUUGGUGCUUGGCAUCCAGCUAAUGUUAACUGGACUGUUGCUAGAGCUGGUCAAAACGGUUACCACCACAGAACCUCUAUUAACCACAAGGUUUACAGAGUUGGUUCCGGUGCUGACGAGUCCAACGGUGCUACCGAAUUCGACAGAACCAAGAAAUCCAUUAACCCAAUGGGUGGUUUCGUUAGAUACGGUAACGUUAACAACGAUUUCGUUAUGGUUAAGGGUUCUAUUCCAGGUACCAAGAAGAGAGUUGUUACUUUGAGAAAGUCCUUGUACGUUGACACCUCCAGAAAGGCUUUGGAACAAGUCAACUUGAAAUGGAUUGACACUGCCUCAAAGUUCGGUAAGGGUAGAUUCCAAACCCCAGCUGAGAAGCACGCUUUCAUGGGUACUUUGAAGAAGGACUUGGAAAACUAA